AUGUGGAUUAUUAACUGGUUCUACGACGUCCUCUCAAGCCUCGGCUUGCUCAACAAGCAUGCCAAGCUUCUUUUCCUCGGCCUCGACAAUGCCGGAAAGACCACCCUGCUGCACAUGCUGAAGAACGACCGUGUCGCUAUCCUCCAGCCUACUCUUCACCCCACUUCCGAGGAGCUCGCCAUCGGCAACGUGCGCUUCACCACCUUCGAUCUCGGCGGUCACCAGCAGGCCCGCCGCCUGUGGAAGGACUACUUCCCCGAAGUCAACGGCAUCGUCUUCCUCGUCGACGCCAAGGACCACGAGCGGUUCCCCGAGGCCAAGGCCGAGCUCGACGCCCUUUUGUCCAUGGAGGAGCUGGCCAAGGUGCCCUUUGUCAUCCUCGGCAACAAGAUUGACCAUCCCGACGCCAUCUCGGAGGAGGAGCUCCGUCACCAGCUCGGCAUGUACCAGACCACCGGCAAGGGCAAGGUGCCUUUGGAGGGAAUCCGACCCAUCGAGGUCUUCAUGUGCUCCGUUGUCCUCAGACAAGGGUACGGCGACGGUAUCCGGUGGCUCUCGCAGUACGUCUAA